AUGGCGAAGACAGCUUCCGCCGAGCCGCAAGGCAGCCCCCCUGUCCUUCUGCAGAAUAGUGAGCACCGUGAUCUCUUUGAUAUUGUCGACAAGCUUCGCUCUCAGGGCAUAGGUCGUUACAUUGAUUUACCCCAAAUCAUCAUCUGUGGUGACCAGUCUUCUGGGAAGAGUUCCGCCCUGGAAGCAAUCUCAGGGAUGUCGUUCCCAACAAAGGACACCCUCUGUACCCGGUUUGCAACAGAACUCAUUCUUCGCCGAAGCCCCACGGUUGGCGUUAAUAUUUGCAUCAUCCCGAGUCCCGAACAGCCCGAGCAGAAGAAGGAAGAAAUGAGGAAGUUUUCAGCUACCCUGAAUGACAUGGAUAUCGGACAUAUCAUCGAAAGUGCAAAAGCAGUGAUGGGAUUGAAUGACACUGGAAAGGUCUUCAGUUCCGACAUCCUCCGGGUCGAGAUUUCGGGACCAGAACAACCCCAUUUGACGCUGGUGGACCUCCCGGGGUUGUUCACCGCCGGAAACAAGGAUCAGUCUGACGAGGACGCAGAAAUGGUCGAAUCUCUUGUGCUGUCUUACAUGGAGAAGCCUCGGAGCGUUAUUUGCGCGGUGGUGUCGGCUAAGAAUGAGUUCGCACUUCACGAACGGUACUAUGUCAAUCUCGCCCAAAAUAAGGACGUUAAGUUCCGCCUUGGAUGGCAUGUCUUAAAGAAUAGGGACUUCAACUCUCGAAAUGCCACCACCGCAGAACGCGACAGGUCCGAGGCCAACUUCUUCGCACGAGGCGUCUGGACUUCUCUGUCACCUUCUCAGCUUGGAAAGGCCGCCCUUGUGACCCGGCUCGGCGGAAUUCUCGGAAACCAUAUUCUUCAACAGCUUCCAAGCGUUCUGCAAGAUGUCGAAACUGAAGCAAAAGAAUGUCGAGACACAUUGGACAAACUUGGUGCAGGGCGAGCAACACUAGCUGACCAGCGGCGUUAUUUGCUCAAUAUCGGCCAGCGUUUCUAUAGUUUGAUCAAGGCCGCUGUCGACGGAGUGUACACCGAUCCAUUCCUUUCAGACGUCACUGCUCAAGGCGUUUACGAGAGGCGCCUGCGCGCAGUGGUGCAGAACGCUUUGUCGGACUUUUCAGAAGAGAUGUGCUUAGAGGGCCAUGCUCAGGCCAUUGUCGAGCACGCAUCCCCCAACAAGCGCCGGGAAAUAUCCCGUGAUGAAUAUAUCGACGAGGUACAGAAACUCAUGAGAAAGAGCAGGGGUCGCGAAUUGCCUAGCACGUUCAAUCCUCUGGUCGUCGAGGAGCUCUUCUCGAAACAAUGCCAGCCAUGGAGUGCCUUGAUUUACAAUCUUGUUGAUCGAAUCCUCGAGGCAACAUUCGCAGCAGUGAGCGCUACCUUGAAGCAUGUCACCGACAUACAUACUGCGGAAAAGCUCCUCGCGAGGGUGAUCAACCCAUCGCUUGACGGCCUGAAGAAGGACUUGAACUUGAAAGUCGACGAGAUUUUGGGCCCUCACCUUUGUGGUCAUCCGAUUACAUACAACCACUAUUUGACCGACACCGUCCAAAGGGUCCAGGCUAAGCGUCGCGCAGCGGCGUUGGAGAGACAGCUCGUGGCUUACUUUGAUGACAAAGGAAGCGUAGUGCAUGAAAUAGAAUAUCAUCAUUUCAAUAUGAAAAGUCUGGUCGAAACGCUUUCCGAUCACACCGAGGUGAACAUGGACAAGUUCGCUUGCUCUCUCGCUACCGACAUGAUGGAAGCGUAUUACAAAGUUGCUCGCAAAACGGUUGUCGACGGAAUCAGCGUUCUUGCAAUCGAGAAAUGCCUCCUUCAGAAGUUGCCGGAGCUGAUAUCUGCUCACAUCGUUUGCGACAUGGGCGACGAUAAGAUCCAACAAAUUGCCGCCGAGGACGAAGAUUCGGCGCAAGGAAGGGCACAUGCAACGAAGAAACUUGGAAUCCUCGAAUCCAGCCUCAUUGAACUGAAGCGUAUGAACAAAUAUCACGUUGCAGGAAGCCAGUCGUUUGGUUAUCGCCCUCGUUCCCGGUUCUGGGAGAACGCUGACAUCCAGACUGAUUCGAAAGAGAAGGCGGCAGCUUUGGAUGGUGCUCCGGGCAACCCACCUGGUUCCGAUCCUCAAGGAAGGACGAAGAUAGACAUGGCGGGUUUGAAUGAGAGCAGGCAGUCAGGGAACUCAAGCAAAGUGGAUGGUCCUAUGCUUCAAGCCGGUGGGAGCCCUGUUAUCUCUUCGCCCCUACCUGCUGCUGAGAGAAACGAGUAUUCUCAUGGCCUGGUUUCAACGAAGAAACCCAAGAAAAGCAAAAAGAAGCCGGCAGAGAAAGCGGCCCCGAUUGCCCCAACACCUGUAUACAUCGAAGAUCACAUCGAAGAUGAGGUAAUUUAUGACUGGUAAUGCUGUGGUCAUUUGGUUAGGAGACGCAGUGCCCCUGGGAUUAUCUUUCUUCUUCAUCAUAAUUUACUGUAGUUU